GGCCGCGUCCCCGGCUCGCCCGGCGCGCCCCCCGCCCGCCCGCCCGCCCGCCCGCGCCCUCGCCGGGUGCCCGUCUCCGUCCCGCUGCCUCGGGACCCCGGACCCCAGCCGUCGCUCCUGUCCCCGCGGGACUCCGGGCAGCCCGCGCCCCGCGCCCCGCGCCCCAGGGGCUCCUCGCCCAGGACGCCGCGGGACCAUGGCUGCGGGCCCCGAACUUUGAACACUUCUCCCCGGCCCGGAGCGGACGCGCCAGGCGCGGAGACUUCUGCAGGGCUCGCGCCGCCAUGGACUGCAACUGCGUCUCGGACCUGCUCUUCGCCCCGCCUGCCCUGCCGCUCUGGACCCCUGGGUUUGCCUUCCCAGAUUGGGCCUACAAGCCGGAGUCGUCCCCUGGCUCGAGGCAGAUCCAGCUGUGGCACUUCAUCCUGGAGCUGCUGCAGAAGGAGGAGUACCAGGGCGUCAUCGCCUGGCAGGGGGACUACGGGGAAUUCGUCAUCAAGGACCCUGAUGAGGUGGCCCGCCUCUGGGGCAUUCGAAAGUGCAAGCCGCACAUGAACUAUGACAAGCUGAGCCGGGCCCUGCGCUACUACUACAACAAGCGCAUUCUGCACAAGACCAAGGGCAAGAGGUUCACCUACAAGUUCAACUUCAGCAAAGUCGUCCUUGUCAAUUACCCCCUGCUGGACAUGGCGGCCGCCGCCACCGGCUCCCCACUCUUGCUGACCCCUGGUCCCUUUUCGGGGGCGCCUGGGCCGGAUGCUCCACCCUUGACCCCCGAGACCCUGCAGAACCUGUUCUCUACCCCACGCCUAGGAGAGCCAGGGGGUCGGACGCCCCUGUUCACCCCCGAGAUGGACAAACUGCGCCUGGACAGCCCCUUCCCAUUUCUGGGUUCCGGUGCCGCCGCCGGCUACUCCAAGCCCCCCGGCCUGCUGGGUCCUUACGGCCGCGCCUUCCCUGAGUACCCCUGGAACUUUAACCCAUACCUCACGGGCCCCUUCCCCAAGUUGCCCCCCUCUCUCUACCCACCACACCUGUACCCCAGCCCCUUGGGGUCCCUGGGCCACUUGCCCUCUGCAGGAGGGGCCGGGGGAGGCCCCAUGGCUGCACCCCUGCUGGCUGCAACAGGGGAGGGCCUGGGCCCCGAGCGCCCGUCGGGGCUGGCAGUGGCCCCUCGCCUGGCCCUGCCCGGGGCUGCAGGCCCAGAGGCCGCACUGGGUGGGAAGGAGGACAGCGAUUCCGAGCUGGAGAUCACUGACGUCAGCGGCUGCAGCUCUGACAGCGAAGGCGACGAGGCUCCACCAGUGCCCCCCAAGACCAAGCCAGCCAAAGGGGGGAGCUGAGCAGGCGGACGGUGCAUCCGCCGGUGACCAGGGCAGUCACCCGUGACGCUUUUGCCUGCUCUGCCCUCAACACCAGCCCAGGGCCCAGGACCAGCCCCUGGCACCCUCCUGGCCACGUCCAACCCCCAGGCGGAGGCCAUCCCCUCUCCAGAGUGGAGAGGAACAUGAUGGAUGGCCUGUCUCCUCCAGGUACCAAUCUGAGGGGGAAAACCGCCUGGCCCCACUCUUAAGUGCAAUAUGGCGCCCAGCGUCCCCAUCCCAUGUGCUGUGACCUGCGUGUUUGUGUGGCGGUGUCCCCCAUCUAGUGCCAGCCCCUCUUGAAAUCCUCCCACACGGGGCCCCUCUGGGGACAGGGAGCUCAGAGCAAUAACCCCGCACCCAGCCCCCGCCCAGGAGGGCCCCUCCCCACUGGCCCCCCUCAAAUCCUGCAGUCACCUCCAGAGUUUACUAUAAAAAUAAAAGGACAAGAGUGUGAGAUGUGGGCCAUCUGGCAUUCGGGAUGACACCGGGCACACCUCACGUCCCGAGCGCGUCCGUGUGGAGUCUCUGUCACACAUGAAUGGGAACAAGACGGUAAAGGCACAGGUGUUUGUCAUGGAGUUUGAUCUCCAGGACCCAGAUGGUGGAGAACCCACUCCCACACAGGCGCCCCACCCAUCAACACUUAAUAAAG